AUGCCCCAUUACAUGCUCGCCGCGCCGCUGUCGCGUGCCGGCGCCCCCAGCCUGCCGGUGGCGGCGGGAGGGCGGGCUGCGCUCGGCCCCCGGGCGUCGGGCUCCCCAGUGUCGCCGCGAGUCUGGGGACAGAGGCUGCGCCGGCGCCGCUCUCCCUCCCCGUUCGCCGUGGCGGCAGCCGCCGGCCACUGCCCGGCCGAGUCCCCGCGCCCGGGCGGCUGCAGGUGCCCAGUGAGAGGGUCUCGGUGGCGUGGCGGAGGCCCCCGGGCCCGGUUCCCGCGGCCUGUGGGCGCGGCGCAGAAGGGCGCGGGCGGGCGGCGGCUGCUCCCGGGCGGAAGGCGCGGCGCGGCCACGGUCACGGCCGCCACCGGGGCUCGGGCGGAAGCGCGGGCUCCGGGAGGGAGGGGCUGCCGCGCCCAGCAGAGGCCCGGGGCCCCGGCCCCUAGCGGCGCCCCCGGGCAGGAGCCGACCCAGCGGCCGUUACGCUUGCGGGCGAGGAGGAGCCGGGUCAGGCUGAGCGCCGACCCCGCGCGUGGCGGGCGAGGCAGAGCCCACGCGCGUCCGCCCGCCCGCCCUGAGACUUGCACUUGCACACACCGAGCCCCGCUCAGGCCCCGGCAACCAGGCCGGCUGCUUCGGCGUCUGCCACCUCCAGGACCCGGAGCGUGCCAGCCCAGCCUCUCGGCGAGCUGGGACUUCCCGGAUGGGGCCAUGCUUUUCUUCCAGGACAAUCAGGGCUCCUCCCUCCCGGCGAUCUUUCUAGGAGGCCACCUCCAGAGAUUAUUCCGAGGCGAUUUCCUCUCUGCCGGCACUACACUGACAACAACAUGGAAAAUGGAAUAUUGCCCUUUUUGUGAUUCAGAAUCCAUUGUAAUGACAGUGACUUUGAGAAUGCUCCAGCAUCUCGUAAGAGAAAAUGGAGAGCGCACCUAGAUCAUUCAUUCUGGGGAAAAGCAGCCACCAUGUCUUGAGGAUAUUCAAACAGCCCUACGGAGAGGUC